AUGCCAGAUAUUGCAUAUGUAGUUAGUAUGGUUAGCAAAUUCAUGCAUGAACUACGUAAACCACACAUGAAUGUUGUUGAACGUAUAUUGAGAUACUUGAAGUCUGCUCCAAGAAAAGGCAUAUUGUUUUCAAAUCAUGGUCACCUUGAAGUGAAAGGCUACAUUGACGUUGAUUGGGCAGGUUCAGCCGAUGACAUAAGAUCUACUUCAGGAUACUUUACCUUUGUAGGUGGAAAUCUUGUGACUUGGAGAAGCUUUAAGCCAAAGGUGGCAAUGAAUCUAUAUUGUGACAACACAUUUGCUAUAAAGAUUGCUCAUAAUCCUAUCCAGCAUGAUUACACAAAAUAUGUGGAGGUGGGUAGACAUUUCAUUAAAGAAAAGCUUGAGGCAGGGAUACUAAAUUCCCUUUUGUGA